UAUUGUUCAAGAAUUCAUGAAUCUAUGUUGUUUAAUGCUUACUAGAUGAAUGCUAGUAAAUGAGUGUAUAUUGUACAAAUUGUUGCAAUUCUUUCUAAUUUACCUUCUCUCGACGAUAUACCCUUGCCUUUAAGAAAGUAGCAUCUGUAGACUAUUAACCCAACUCAAAGGAGGGGGUGGGGGUGUUCGUGUGUCUUUCGGGGUUACAGUUGUAGAAUUCUAGCUUUCGUUGAUGUAUAAUAAUGUCCUUGGAAUUGACAUUUCAGCUCAAUCAAGCAGAAGCAACCUAUACGAGUGAGAGGAGGAAUCAAGUGUGGGAAGUCUUCUAUAAAGGAGUCUCAUUUCCUACAUUAUCAAGAUUUUUGAUCUAUGAUGUUGCUUCCAAUUGGCUACCUUGCUUCCCUUUGACUGCAAGGAAGCUUGUUUAUGAUGUAUUUUUCAUAGAGGGUCUCGUUCUUGAGGUUGUCCAAGUCUUGAUUCCUUCUCUAGGCCACAAUGUCAGUGUAGUAAGAUCAAAUGCUGAAAGAUUAGUUGAACUCUGCUUGUUAGAAAAUGAAGGCGUUCUUCAGCUGGCUAGGGAACUUGGUGCUUACCAUGAAUCUAAAGACAACUCUAAUUCUUUAGUCAAUCUGACAGUGUCUAGAGUGGCACAGCUUGUUGCGUCUGUCCCCUGACAAAGCACGACUAGGAGCUCCUAAAUCUCUUUCAUCUCAGUAUCCUUUUCAUAUUCAACUAAAUGUACAUGCUUAAUAUUUAUAAAUUGUCGACUUGGUUAAAAUCAGUUAUCUCAGUCUUUUUGUCGUAGGAAUUUCAUCAACUCCUAAAUCUCUUUCAUCUCAGUAUCCUUUUAUACUAUACUAAAUAUGCAUGGUUAAUAUUCUAGGGCAUACCAAGUGUACAAGUGCAAUGGUGGGCAUUGUCCGAAUAAAACGAGUUUUAAGUCGUGUAAACCCAUUCAU